AUGGAGAUGUUCAAGGUGUUGAUGUCCCUUGCUUUGCUUUCUGUGGUGGCAGUGUUUUUGCGUCUGUAUAAGGCUCUGGUGACUGAGCCAGCGAGGGUUAGAAGGAUACUGAAGAAGCAGGGAAUAGGCGGACCACCACCAAGUUUUCUACUCGGUAAUAUGAUGGAGGUCAAGAAACCAAUCGAUGCGGCCGCAAAAGCUACUAAAUCCGCCGCCAAUAAUGGAACCCAACUCGACCACAACUGGGUUGCCACUCUCUUUCCAUUCUUCGAGAAGUGGAGACAAAUAUACGGUAUAUUACACAACAAAAUCAUCAUCAUUACGGUCUCAGGUGAAUUGUUUGUGUUUUCUCUUGGUAAUUCACAAAUAAUGUAUGUGAAUCACCCUGAUUUGAUAAAAGAGAUAACCACGCAUACAACCUAUGACUUGGGUAAACCUUCAUAUCACCGAAAAGAGUUUGGUCCUUUGCUUGGCGAUGGCAUUCUUACCACAAAUGGACCUACCUGGGCAUAUCACAGAAAAGUCCUUGCUCCUGAAUUGUACAUGGAGAAAAUCAAGGGAAUGAUAAGCCAAAUAUCAGAGUCUGUAGUUAUUCUGGUUGACGCAUGGAAGAACAAAAUUGAUUCUGAGGGUGGACUUGCAGAUAUAAACAUUGACGAGUACAUGAGAACCUUUUCGGGAGAUGUGAUUUCAAGAGCUUGUUUUGGUAGCAAUUAUGUUAAGGGAAAAGAGAUUUUCAACAGACUUAAAGUUCUCCAGGAGGCUACUUCUGAUAAAGUUUUNAUUCUUCGAGAAGUGGAGACAAAUAUACGGUGA